AUGCAGGAGCAGCACCAGCCACACACACCGCCACACCAAACACCGCCACACCAGCCGCAGCACCAUGAGUUCUAUCAGCACCAGGACUGGCCUGAGUUUUAUCAGCAGUUCCAGCAGAUGCGUGUCACGCAGGAACAGAAUGGUGCGUACAUCGAUCAGAUUAGGACCAGCCAGGACCAGAUCUGGGCUAGUCAGGAUCAGCUCAGAGCCACGCAGGAUCAGUUGAGGCAGAGCCAGGAGAGCUUAUACCAGGGGGUGAGUGCCGGGUUUUCGUACUUAUUUGGGGAGAUGCACCAGGCAUAUCCCGACUACUUCCAGCACCCUCCACAGUUCCCACCGUGGAACCCGCCUGGUUAUGGUGGUGCGGGCCCAUCCUUCACGAGAGACGAUGACGGCGAUGACGAGUAG